CUUUGAUCUCUGCUUAACAACAGUAACGUCACAGGGACUAUACAGGAGAGUUUUGUUGGAAGUUAGAAAGUUUUGCAGCCUCCAGAGGGCUGUAGCGGCAGUAGCAGCAAGCAGCAUCCAAGGGACUCCUGGAAGGGAAAGAGAGAGAGAGAGAGAGAGAGAGAGAGAGACUGACUCAGUCCUUUAGAAACUGACUUUAGAAGAAGGAGACAGACAUGGAACAUCAGCUGCUGUGUUGUGAAGUGGAAACCAUCAGAAGAGCCUAUCUAGAUGCCAACCUACUAAAUGACAGGGUUCUGCAGACAAUGCUGAAGGCAGAGGAGACCUGCUCGCCCUCUGUAUCCUACUUCAAGUGCGUGCAGAAGGAAAUCUUGCCAUAUAUGAGGAAAAUAGUUGCCACUUGGAUGCUGGAGGUUUGCGAGGAGCAGAAAUGUGAAGAGGAAGUUUUCCCCUUGGCUAUGAAUUAUUUGGACAGAUUUUUGUCGUUUGAACCCCUCAAGAAAAACCGAUUGCAACUUCUGGGAGCUACCUGCAUGUUUGUGGCUUCAAAAAUGAAGGAAACUAUUCCUCUAACCGCAGAAAAACUGUGCAUUUACACCGAUAACUCCAUUAGACCCGACGAAUUACUGCAAAUGGAGCUGUUUCUGGUGAAUAAGCUGAAAUGGAAUCUGGCAGCAAUGACCCCUCAUGAUUUCAUUGAACAUUUCCUUACUAAAAUGCCUGUUGCUGAGGACACCAAGCAAAUCAUCCGUAAACAUGCCCAGACUUUUGUGGCUUUGUGCGCUACAGAUGGUGGAUUACAGAAGGGGCACAUGGCGUGGACGCUUUUCUGGCACAGAGCUGAGUCUGCUGUCCACACCCAGCUGGCCACGUGCUUUGCUGGAGGCAUGUGCAGGGGCGGACUGCAGAGGAGCCAGAGACACUGACUGUUCCCCGGGCCAGGUUUCCAGAGGCCUGAUCUUUGGUUUCAAGGGCACUGUGUGUGUGUUUGUGCUAAUUCCUGGAAACCCCACGUGCACAAAUGGUGUGCAGACGUGCAUGUAUUUUAUCCAUUGAAUCAUAAUAAGAAUAAGAUGGGGUUCAAGAGAUCAGAAGAGCAACACUGCCUUUAUGAUCUCCUCCAGAUACCACUGUUCUCAUGGGCUGGCAGGACAAAGGUGGUUUUUAAAGGAUUGAUCUGUUUUUCUUAAAAUCCACUUCACGUGAUUCCCUUCAGUGUGGCACGAGAAACCCAAAUGUGGCAAAAGAAUAAGGAAUCAAAGGCAGCCAAAGCAAAUGUUCCUUUGAAGGGAAGCCUGUAGCAUCACAUAAAGAUGAAUGUCAAGGAUCGUGUUGACACUAAGAAAAACUCACUGGAAAUGAGUAAUAUUGCCUUUAUGAAUAUGAAUAUUUUCUUAGCCAAUAAUAGUUAAGUGAAAGGAGGGGUCAUGCCUGCAUGACACUGAGUCAUUCAGUCUGAAGAAAAGGUCUGUUAGUUGGAUCUGGACUCCUUGUUGUUUUUGUGGAUACAGACUAACACGGCUACCCCUCUUAUCUCGCUGUACUUGAAAGUUUAGGGUGUAUUUAAAGCCAAAGAGCAAAUUAAUCUGUGAUGUAAAUUAGUGUUCAGUGGUGUUACACAAGGGAUGGAUUUGGUCAAAAGAUCCAAGAAAAAUAAUAAGCAUUAAAAAAAUAAAAAUAAUGUAUUGAUCUCACAUAGUGACUCCCACUGAAGUGUCUGGCCUGGAGAUACAGCCAUAGAAUCUCUGAAGAUAAAUAUAUACAUUAUUGGUAGGUUUCAGCCUUGCCUUUAUCGUAGGCCUAAGUACAGAAUGGCAGGCAGCUCACACGUUUGAUUGACUCAGUGCAUGUCUCCUAAUAUGUGAGUACUAGAACCUCUCCAAACAGCUUUUAAAGGAUUUGAAACAUUUGUGGAAAAUCAAAUGUUUUCUCCUAGCCAGAGAUUCAAGCAGAACAAUGUGAUUGCAGUGAAUUCUAAUGUGUGAUUGCUUGGUCUGAAGCUACCUAAGUUGUUAGUUGUAUCUGGUGUUUCUUUAUAGCUAUCCAGUCUCCCCUUUGGAUAUGGGGAUGUUUAAUCUAGGUGGUUGUGCUGGCAGUGAUAGUGAUGAAAACAAGAGUAGUUCAAAGGUUGAAGCCUUGCUAGGAGUCCAGUACUUUGAUCUACUGUCAGUGUUGUUAUGGUUCUUUUAGAAAGCACAUCCAGAGUCUAUAUUUAACACUAUGUGCCUCACCGCAUGGGUAGCUGGAAAAUGGAUCAGCGAAUGUGACCCAUGUUCAGAGAAUUUUACUUAGCUUUUAAAAUUAGCAUGGAGGUCAUCAAGAUUAUGGGACUUAUUCAGUACUCCAUUGAAGUCACUGGGAAUGUUACCUGAGUAAGGAGUGUUGAACAGAGAUGUUUGAGCAGCUUUGGAUUUUUAUUUCAUUUUUGGAUGCCAAGAUUUUUUUGUCUCUCUUUUGAUGACUCCCUUGUUGGCUAGUGAUGCCCAGACAAGAUGAAAAACAUGUGGCGUCAGCAGCAUCUGACCUUCACUUUUUGAUGUGUGAUAUUUUUUUCUGGCCAGCCCUAAUCUAGGUGGAUUGCAAACCUGUUGUACUUCCCUGAAUACCUUGUGGGCCUGAUCCAGAGCCCAUGGAAGCCACUGGGAAAUUGACUCCAGUGGCCUUUGGGUCAGGCCUUGUGUGAGCACUACUUGAAAUACAAGGUGAAGGCAGGUGAAGUGUUCGAAGAUGUGUAUGUGUAUUUGCUCCUGAUAGAAAACAUUACAUAGAAAGGUGAUGUUGAGUGGAAUUCCCUUUAUGCUCCCUCCUCAAUUGUCUGCCUAAUAGAAGGGGAUUUGUUGUGUUUUUUAAAUAUAUUUUCACCAAAGGAUGCCUUCUUGCUGAGCUAGGUUAGAGAAGGAAAGAAAAAAUUACCAGGGGUUGUUUGAAGUUAACACAUAAUUGAUCUUAACGAAUGGGGCUUUGGCGUUGCCAAGCAAGGCAGGGAGAACUCAAAAGGAAACAGGCCUUUUUUGGGGCCAAGUUAAGACUGGAGUUAAGGAAAAACUCCAGCUCUAUACAAGCAAAACAAUGAAAAGGAACAAAUAUUGGGAGCUUCAGCGUUUCAUUGUGGCCCUCUGGUUAUCUAAACAUACCAGGCCCUUUUAUGUUAUUAUUAUUGUUCUUCUCUCCUCUCUUUCCUCCUCCCUGGUGGAGAGAGAGAAAAAAGACUUCCCUUUGAAACAACUUUGCUACAAUUCUUCUAUUCUCUAGCCUUUAUAAAAUUGGGAGACUCAAGGUAUGUGACCAGUUGGAACCUGUUGCAUCUUGCAGCAAGUGAUUUAUGUUCACAGUUUUGAUUUGCCUCAAUGAAAAGAUUUUCAUUCAUAGCCCCCAGCUCUCCAGACGGAUGGAAUUGCUGCUCCAUUUAAAAAGGAAAAGGGGUGACUCGCCUUGUUAGGAAUUUUUUUUUAAAGCGCUGCAGCGCCUAGAUGCCUGCUUUGUCCUCCCUUCAGGGUGGCUGGCAUUCUUCUCUCUCCUCCCCCUCCCCCCUCUCUCUCUCUCUUUCUCUCUCCCCCUCUCUCUCUCUCAUUCUCCCUCUCUCUCUUUUUAACAACGCUGAAGUUGUUUAUUCUUUUUGGAUGAAGUCUCAGAUAGGCUACUGGGGAUGUGUGCUUCAAUUGAUGGGGCCCCCUUCCCCAUUGUGGCUGUGUCAGGUCUAAUUCAUCUCACCGAAGCCCCCUUGUUCCUGAGCGCUCAAUAGCGCAAGAUGAGGCGAUGGAGGCUGACAAUGAUGCCACACUCUUCACUUGGGGGCAUCCAAUUACAGGCCAGAGGGGCCCCCUGAUUAAUAUGCUGAAAUUAGUGGCCUCUGCCACAAAUAAUUCCUUGUUGAGUUGCAACAAAAAGACUGUCCAUGCUGCUUGUCUGGAAUGGUUAUGGGGACAGACACAAACUGGUCAUUUAAACUUCAUUAUUACUUUUCCACCUUGGACAUACUAAGGGUGUGACUGUGAAUUCAUGUUCUUCUUUAUUGCCCCCUUUAAAAGAAAAAAGCAAAUAGGAAUCCCAAACUUGCUACUGUCUGAAUGGACUCAUUAAACUUACACAAUUUUGGCCAUUUUUGGGGAUGAUAAUUAUGCAGAAACUAAUAAACACUGGAGCUAAUUCACUGUGACUGUGUAUGUAUAUACAACUAAAUUUUGAUGUAUCAAAUCUUCAGACCUGUUUAAACCAACAGAAGCCUCUCAUUUUUAAGUAUACCUAAGAAAACACACUAGUGAUUUGUUUGAGUGAAUGGAUCAAAUACUAUCUCUGGGAUGCAUUUAUUGGCAAUGAUCAAACUGAAUCUAUUUAGAUAUCUUUGGGGAAAGAGUUGGGGAGAGGUAGGGAAGGGAAGAGGUAAGUUAGACCUAUUUCAGAUAUGUCAAGAUGUGACAUGAGUUUAGAUACAGAUUGGCUUUUAGCUGGCAACAUAGCACAUAAAAAGCCUUCCAUACUUAAUCACAUCAAUUUAAUUUUGAAGGCACUUUCAAUUUCAUAGAGCUCUGGGCAAAUUUCCCUUUGGAAGGUGGGUAUGGGAUAGGUCGGGGUACAGAUGGAGUGGCAGAGAUAUAAACCCCAAAAUGUACCUAUAAUACCUACAACAAUAGGUGAUUAUAUACAGAGAGAGAAUCCUGAUGCAUAGUUAAUAGUUAAUUAAAGCCUUUACACAAAAGAUAUUAAAUCAUAAAGGAGAUGAAUGAUUUAAUAUUUAAACUGUUUCGUAGAGCUCAAUCUCCCUCCCCUCCUGCUUAAGUUUUUCAUGCCUUUGAUUUAAUUCAAGGGUUUGACAGAUGGUUUAUAUUUAUAUAGCGAGGGAGACGUUGUACAUUUAAUAAUAGGUGAAGGAACGUAUCUCAAGUUAUUGUAUAUAAGGUAUCGUUUCCCUUUUCUCCCCUAAAAAGUUAGACAUUUACUAGUACCACAUUUCUUUUCCUCCUAAUACUUGGUCUAGGGUGCACUUUGCCAUGAAUCAAAAAUCAAACACAUUCCUGUAUAGCAGAAAGAGCAUUAAAAUGUGGAUUAUUCCACAUUAUUUGCCCUUAUUAAAAAAAAGGGGCGGGGGAGGGAUAACAUUCUAAUGGCAGAGAUAGGCCCCUCAAGGAAUCAUGGGAGUGGCUUUGUAGAGAGACCUACAGCAAUGCAGUCUGGAAGGGGGCCCAGCCUCUUGUCAGCAUGGUGUCACAUCAGAAUGUAACUGAUUGUCCGCCAAUUCUUGGGACCCCCGUCACUUAGUUAUGCCACAUUUACAUUAAAUCCCUGUUGCCAGGAUGGAUGGCAGCAACUGACGAGAGACUAGGUUGAGACAAAGCAUUUUUAAGAUGAAACCUUAAUUUAAAUAUGGAAUAUUCACCUACUGACAGGUUUAAGCAGUCUCAAUCCCUUUUGUUUUUGCUUUUGUUUUAUAUUAAAGUUAUACAUUUCUCUCUUUCUAACAUAAUUUUAAAGGUUUAUGUUUUAAAUGGUAUAUGAUUCAGAGACUGCUUACAUCACAUAAUGCACCUGAUCUUGCAAAUGCUUUAAAAUGUGAAUAACUUUACUUGUGUGAGUAAUCCUAUUUAUUUAAAUGGGACUACUCACAGGAGUAAAGUAUAUUUAUAAGUGUUUGCAGGAUUAGGGCCCUAAUAUCCUAAAAAUCCCUCAAAGGAAUUAUUAGCCUUUCAGGCCUUUCUCUAAAAAGUGUUUCUCACUCAGGUAAAGUUAUUCAUGUGCAUAAGUGCUUGUGGGAUUGGGCCCUAUAAUUGCCUAUAUUGUUAAAUUACAUUAGGAGGAAUCUUUGUUUACAUUCCUACAGUCUCUUAAGACUUAUUAUCUGGCAAUCAUAUCUAACUCUUAGAUGUAACACAAGCAAGCUCAUCCUAAAGAAAUCAAUUCUCUUUCCCCCACCCCCCU